AUGACAUCAGCCUCGCCCCCCAACACCAGCAAAGCUGGUGCACUUGGACUCAGUGGCCAGCCCAUGUCAUCGCAUGGGUCAAAACCACUGGGCAUGAAGGCCCCCAGCCGACCGCAAAGGCAGAGGACAAGUGGGGGGCCAGCUCUUUGGCUCUCAGACUGUGCAAGUGCAACAGCGGAGAGGAUGAGGGUUUCAAUUGCUGGAAUUACAGAUAUUGACACACCUGGUGCACUACAGAGACAUAAAAGCCCUCCUCUUUAUAGCCUCCACCUCCCUCCCCCAUCUGAAAUCUUGCCUAUAAUUCCUACCCAGCAACCGUGCAACGUCAAGCAAAGCCACACCAGUCUGCCCCCUCAAGCCCAACUAGCCUCACCCACAAAGCAGUCUGCGGACAAUAUUGCCCGGUGUAUGCCACAUCCUAGGCAACCUAACCACCUUUACCCUCACAACACCCUUUGUUUUCCAUGGCCUGUUUGA